ACAGCCGCGACGCAUCAUUUAGCCUCCAAUGCUUCACUCCGUCCUGUGCUUGGCUUCAUCCAGUGGAUACGGACAAUGGAUUUGAGUUUGUGAUACCAUGACCGAGGGGUAGUCGUGCCCCUCUUAACCUCCUCUCCCCCUUCUCCCCUUCAUCCCCUGAUCCUGCCUCUACCAUACCCUGUACUCAAAUCUCACUCCCAAUCACAAUGGCCUCCCCUACCGUCAAGCUAAGCAGCGGCUACGACAUGCCCCUUGUGGGCUUCGGUCUCUGGAAGGUGAACAAUGACACCUGCGCGGACCAGGUCUACCACGCCAUCAAGGAGGGAUACCGUUUGUUCGACGGCGCCUGCGACUACGGCAAUGAAGUCGAAGCCGGCCAGGGUGUCGCGCGCGCCAUCAAAGACGGUCUCGUGAAGCGCGAAGAGCUCUUCAUUGUCUCCAAGCUCUGGAACAGCUUCCACGACGGCGACCGCGUCGAGCCCAUCUGCCGCAAGCAACUCAACGACUGGGGCAUCGACUACUUUGAUCUCUACAUCGUGCAUUUCCCCAUUUCCAUCAAGUACGUCGACCCGGCCGUCCGCUACCCGCCCGGCUGGAUGUCCGAAUCCGGCAAACUGGAAUUCGGCAAGGCCACUAUCCAGGAGACCUGGACGGCGAUGGAGUCGCUCGUGGAUAAGAAGUUCGCGCGCAGCAUCGGUAUUAGUAACUUUAGCGCUCAGCUGGUCAUGGAUCUCCUGAGAUAUGCGAGAAUCCGUCCUGCUACGCUGCAGAUCGAGCAUCACCCGUACUUGACCCAGGAGAGGCUCGUGGAUUAUGCUCAGAAGGAGGGCUUGACUAUCACGGCGUAUAGUUCCUUUGGGCCGCUGAGUUUCUUGGAGCUGGAUGUGAAGAAUGCGGUGGAUACGCCACCGUUGUUUGAGCAUGAUAUUAUCAAGGGUCUUGCCACGAAGUAUGGACGUACCCCGGCGCAGGUGUUGUUGCGUUGGGCUACGCAGAGGGGCAUUGCAGUUAUUCCCAAGAGUAACAACCCCGAGCGGUUGAGACAGAACCUGGAUGUUACGGGGUGGGAUUUGGAGAAGCAGGAAGUGGAGGCCAUUGGCGCUCUGGAUCGGGGUCUGCGGUUUAAUGAUCCUCUGGGUUACGGACUCUACGCUCCCAUCUUCUAGACGAUCUGACUCCUACAAAUAUCACGAAUAUAAUGCUUCAUUC